CCGGAGAAGAUUACCGUUUCUGUGUUUGGUGGCGAGAAGCUUUGAGAUGGCGAUCCUUAUUCCGGCGAGUUUCGGGCGAUUAACAGUUCCGUCGCGUACACAAGUUAAACUGAGAGUUUCUGCUUCUGCUAACCAACGCACUAUUCGUCCCAAUUCAGUGGACUGGGUUAAGGAAACUUCAAGCUUUUUCGAAGAAGACAAGAGGCCGAUCAUGUUGUUCGAUGGUGUUUGCAAUCUUUGUAAUGGAGGUGUUAAAUUUGUUAGAGACCAUGAUCGAAACAGGAGCAUUAGGUUUGAAGCAUUACAGAGCGAAGCGGGCAAGAAACUGUUAAUGCGAUCAGGAAGAGCUCCUGACGAUAUAUCGAGUGUCGUACUUGUGGAAAAUGAUAGGUCUUACAUAAAGUCAGAAGCGGUGUUGAAGAUCAUGAAAUACAUUGACUUACCAUUUCCACAGCUUGCGUUCUUCAUGCAGUUUGCGCCUUUGUUUGUGAGAGACUUUUUGUAUGAAAAUGUUGCAAACAACCGAUAUGCAAUGUUUGGUCGAUCUGAUUCAUGUGAGAUCUAAGAAUACAUUAUUGAUUGUGAU